CAGAGCGCGGGGCCGGGGGCUGAGAGCCCGCGGCGACCCCAGGGCUGAGCGGUACCCGGGAACGCGCGCUUCCGCGCCGGCCAGGGCCCCCUGCACCGCUCCGCGCGUCUCCGGGAGCCAGAGCCCGCAGGUGCCGCCUGUCCUCGCCCCCCAGCAGCAGCCGCCCGCCAUGGAGCCCCCGGUCCAGAUCUUCCGCGGCGAGCCGGGCCCCACCUGCUCCCCGAGCACCUGCCUGCCCCGCAACGGCAGCGGCUGGUCCCCGGGCUGGGCCGAGCCGGACGGCAACACUAGCGCAGGCCCCGAGGGCGCGCCGCCCGAGCCCGCGCACAUCUCCCCGGCCAUCGCGGUCGUCAUCACGGCGGUCUACUCGGUGGUGUUCGUCGUGGGCUUGGUGGGCAACUCGCUGGUCAUGUUCGUGAUCAUCCGGUACACGAAGAUGAAGACAGCAACCAACAUCUACAUAUUUAACCUGGCUUUGGCGGACGCCUUGGUCACCACGACCAUGCCCUUCCAGAGCACGGUCUACCUGAUGAACUCCUGGCCGUUUGGGGACGUGCUGUGCAAGAUCGUCAUCUCCAUCGACUACUACAACAUGUUCACCAGCAUCUUCACCUUGACCAUGAUGAGUGUGGACCGGUACGUCGCCGUGUGCCACCCCGUCAAGGCUCUCGACUUCCGCACGCCCAUGAAGGCAAAGAUCAUCAAUGUCUGCAUUUGGAUCCUGUCUUCCUCCGUUGGCAUAUCUGCCAUUGUCCUUGGAGGGACCAAAGUCAGGGAAGACGUGGAUGUCAUCGAGUGCUCCCUGCAGUUCCCGGACGACGAUUACUCCUGGUGGGACCUGUUUAUGAAGAUCUGCGUCUUCGUCUUUGCCUUCGUGAUCCCGGUGCUCAUCAUCAUCGUCUGCUACACGCUGAUGAUCCUGCGCUUGAAGAGCGUCCGGCUCCUCUCCGGCUCCCGAGAGAAAGACCGCAACCUUCGCCGGAUCACCAGGCUGGUCCUGGUGGUGGUGGCGGUCUUCAUCGUCUGCUGGACCCCCAUUCACAUCUUCAUCCUCGUGGAGGCUCUGGGCAGCACCUCCCACAGCACGGCUGCCCUCUCCAGCUACUACUUCUGUAUCGCCCUGGGGUACACCAACAGCAGCCUGAACCCCAUCCUCUAUGCCUUUCUCGAUGAAAACUUCAAGCGGUGUUUCAGGGACUUCUGCUUUCCCAUUAAGAUGAGGAUGGAGCGACAGAGCACGAGCAGAGUGAGAAAUACCGUUCAGAAUCCCACCUACAUGAGGGAUGUGGACGGGAUCAAUAAACCAGUAUGACUAGU